AUGGCGACUUCUAAAUUCCCAACUCAAAAGGAUGGAAGUGAAACUUUUUCUCAGGAAACCGCUGUGGUGGUAUUUGUUUUAGGUGGUCCAGGCAGUGGAAAGGGUACCCAAUGUCCCAAAAUUGUUGAACACUUCGGUUUUACACAUCUUUGCGCUGGUGAUCUUCUUCAAGCAGAAAUUGAGUCUGAAUCUGAAAAUGGAACAAUGAUUCAAAACUUCAAGAAAGAAGGAAAGAUCGUCCCUUCUGCGAUAACUGUGAAGCUUCUACAACAGGCAAUGCAGCUAAGUGAUAACAAGAGAUUCAUCAUUGAUGGGUUCCCGCGCAAUGAAGAAAAUCGUACUGCAUUUGAGAACAUUAUGAAAAUUGAACCAGAAUUUGUACUAUUUUUUGAUUGUCCUGAAGAAGAGUUGACAAAACGUAUUCUGAACAGAAACCAGGGAAGGGUGGAUGAUAACAUUGAAACCAUAAGAAAGCGACUCAAAGUCUAUUUCGAAUCAACCUUACCUGUAAUCAACUACUACAACUCAAAGGGGAAGGUUCAGAAGAUUGAUGCUCAAAGAUCAAUUGAUGAGGUAUUUGAGGAUGUGAAGAGUGUUUUCUCCAAGCUCAAACCAGUAGCCAGGGUGGGUUCGAUGAAUUAA